AUGGCAAAUGGAAUUGUGAAAAAAGUGCCUGAAGAUUUGGUGAAUUCUGUACUUUUGAGGCUUCCAGUGAAAACUCUCAUGCGAUUCAAAUGCGUCUAUAAAGCUUGGUACAGUAACGUACAAUCAUCUACUUUCAUCAGUCUUCAUCUGAACCGUACUACCCGGGUGAACGACGAAUUCAUUCUCUUCACGAACUCCAUCAAAGAAGAACCCAACCGAUUUAAAGUUCUCUUGUCUUUUAUGUCUAUUGAUAAUGAUGGUGAUGAUCUUCACCCUAUCUCUCCUGAUUUGGAUAUGUUAUAUCUAACUACCAUUAGCUCCAACUUGUAUCGUAGGCCAUUGGGUCCUUGCCGUGGGUUGAUUGUUUUGACUGAUAAGGUAAAUGCUAUCAUAUUUAACCCAGCUACUAGACAUUAUAGGCUACUCCGACCUAGCCCUUUUGGCUGUCCACUUGGUUUCCAUCGUUCGAUAGAAGAUGUUGGGUUUGGCUUCGAUUCGAUUGCAAAUGAGUACAAGAUUGUUAGGGUUUCAGAAGUUCAAGGUGAGCCUCCUUUCAAUGAUUUCAACAUGAGAGAGAGGAAAGUUGAUGUUUAUGAAUUGAGCAUGGAUUCUUGGAGAGAACUAAAUUUUGUGGAGCAACAGUUGCCUCAAGUGGAUAGGUAUCCUUGUUCAGAGAUGUUUUACAAGGGGGCCUCUCAUUGGUUUGGAAAUACGAAUAUGGGGGUAAUUUUAUGUUUUGACAUGAGCACCUAAGUAUUUCGCGAAAUGACAAUGCCUAAUACUUGUCACUCAAACGACGGGAAGGAUUAUGGCCUCAUAAUCUUAUAUGAGUCACUAACGCUGAUUUGUUACUGCUAUAAUUGGAGUAUAAUAGAUCCUGCAAAUGUUAUGAUGGACAUUUGGAUAAUGGAAGAAUACGGUGUAAGUGAGUCGUGGAUUAAGAAAUUCACUAUUGGACCUCUUUGUAUUGAAUCGCCAUUAGCUGUUUGGAAAGAUCAUUUACUGCUUUUACAAAGAAAGAAUGGACCUUUGAUUUCCUACAAUCUUAAUUGUCAUGAAGUGAUGGAAUUCAAUUUACAUAGUUGCCCUCAAAGAUUGAGAGGUACUAUUUACAAGGAAUGCUUGAUAUUAAUUCCCAAACAAAGCGAAUAUGAUGUAAGUUAAUUCGUCAUUAAAGUAGCGUGUAUUUAUUAUGGUUAUUCAAAAGGUUUCAUUGGAU